GCUCCCCCCCCAUCGCUUGAUUCUCCCAUCGCGACCUGCUUCGUCCUUUGACGCCUCUUCCAAUCCAUCUGCGACCGUCCACCAUAUAGACGCCUCGCCCCAUCGUUAACCUCGCCUACCCGACUAUUAUUGGACCGACCUACCUACCCACCACGCCCUGACCACAUCGCAGUUCGUCCACCGCGCUCCGAUCCACUCCAGCGCAGACAAUCGCUGCGCCAGUCUCAUAUUCUUGUUAGCUCUGUAAGAUUGCUAGGGGAACAGGAUUACCAUGUCGGCCACAAUGGACCAUUCCCACCAGCAAGAGCGUCCGCGCUCAAAGUCCACUUUUAGCUAUCACAGCGGAAAAAGCCACGACUCUCCCUCAAAAUCAAAGCACGAGAGGAAAGAGAGCGCCAGUGAGAAGCGCAAGACCCACUACGACCCUUCGACCAAGGCGAAUCCAAACGCAGCCAUGAAUGAAGCCCAGCCCAUCGCUGCUGCGCUUGAAAAGCCCACACUACAGUCUCUCCGCUCGUUCCAGCACAAUGAUGCCGCUGGAAAUCCCAUCGCCGAUCCUGACCUUUCCAAUCCCACCCGCUCGCGAUGGGAGCGCCCACUCGACACGGUCCGCUCCUUCGAGGCGGCCAUCGAUGGCGAAUACAAACGCAGAGCGGCUUCCAUGCGCGCCGACCAGACAGAUGUCAUGAGUGGAUACGGAAGCCGAAGGAGCAGCUACUAUGGAGGAGGAGGAGCACAAGAGCAGAAUCGCUACUCCACAGCUAGCUACUAUGGCAACAACAGACAGACGCGCGACAACUUUGACAAUGGCUACGGCAUGGGCGGUCCCGUCGGUGGACCACCAAGAUUGCGAUACGGCAACCGCAUGCAGUCCGAUCCUGGGUGGAACAGACAAAAUGGCAACAACGUGUAUCCGGUGAAUGGAUAUCAACAGUCGCGCGACACAGUAAACACAAACGGAUCCAACGGAAGCCACAGCGACGGUCCCUAUUCGAAUGAUCCUGCCAGCGAGAAUAGCUCCAUCGAGCGCGGUGUGCCCGUAAAGGCACCGCAGUCCGACAUGUCCGAACAGUAUGGAUACAAUGGCUACGGCAGGGGACAAAAUAUGGGAGACUUUGGUCAGGGCCCUUCGAACGGGGGUUACUAUCCACAACAACAACAAAAUGGUGCCAACGGCGGGCCCCCACCACCACCGAAGCAUGUUACGCAACCGGCGCCUAUCAAAUUAAACAGCAGUGGACCGUCAUCUGGUACCGCGGAUAACCCCCAUGUUUUGUCCAAGAACAAUGGUGGUGACGACAAGAGACGGAGUUGGUUCAAGAGGCGGUUUAGCAAGGACUAGGUUAGAUGCCGACAAGAAAGGCGUUUGGCGAGGGUGAGAUGUACGGAUGUUAUGAGAUGGGAAAGCAUCUUGCAGCCUUCACCGUGUGAGUGCUUAUUUGAGAUAUGCGCAUGCUUGUGCGCUUUUGCUACCAAUCUCGGCGUUCAUGGAAGGAAAGCGAAGGGCUGGCCGCUGGAUCUGGCUGCAUGGAACGACAUUGCAUGUAUCAUGAUGAUUGGAAAGAGCUGCGUCCCAGCUGGGUUGUUUCUCGAGAACCC